UAAAUAAUUUAUCGUAUGUAGCGCCGAUCCAAAAAAAAAAUAGAUGUGACAAAAGUUUGUGCUUUGGAAGGAAAAAUAGGGUUGGAAACGAUGGAAAAUGAUGCAGCGAUUGGGGUGAGCGACCGUGUUUCAUCGGACUCGAAGUCGGAGGAUUCCAGUUGCUGCUGCCCAAUCUGCUUAGGGCCUUUUCUUCAACUUUCUUACCUCGACAAAUGUUUUCACAAGUUUUGCUUCAAUUGCAUUUUACGCUGGACCAAGGUGGCUGCUGGCAAGCACCGUUCUGUUCCUUCUUCUGUAAAAUGCCCCCUCUGUAAGCUCCCUGAAAUGCUUCUUAUGGAUGUCCAAAUUUGCAAAUCAUUAAGGAUGAUGAUUUAUAACAAUCAAACAGAAAAUUUUUCUAUCGUGUAUGAAGUGGAAGGAAGUUGCAUUCAGCGGCACUAUGUGAAUAAGGAUUUUGAGGAUAGUUUUAUCUUGUCAAGAGCGCACAGAUAUAGAUUACAAUGCUAUUACACUGAUCAAGGUUUGUUAGAUGACAUAUUCAAUAUAUCACAAUAUUGGAGAUCUCGUAAGUACUCUCAGCCAAACUCCUGGCUUGAAAGUUGGUUAAGAAGAGAAAUUCAAGCACUUAUCCAGGAGGAGGAUGUUGACAUCAUUGUGCACCAUAUAAUUGGCGUGGUCAAAGCAGCAUUAUAUACAAGAAGAGAGCAGAAGUCACUCGUGAUUGCACCCGAAAAGAAACAGGAAGAGUUCAAGAUGUCAGUCUCUGAAGCUGCAAGGCGAUUUCUGGCUGCAAGAACGGACAGAUUUGUAUAUGAGAUUCAACUAUUUCUUGCUUCAGGAAUGAACAUUGAAGCUUAUGAUGCUGUGUACGUACAACGGUUAGGUUGGAGCUCUCCCGGGAUAAAUACUGAGGUUUCUCACAGUGCAUUAGUUGAUCGCACAACUGCGAUUCCAUACCUAUACAUAUUUGAUGGUGAUCCUGAUGAAAAUGAGUAGAUUAUUUGUUCUGUUAUUCUCAUGUAUUUGCUGUAAUUUCUUCCUGAAUAGCAUAGGAAAUUUUUUUUCACACUUCAAUGAGUGGUAUUGAUCCUGUUCAGUUACCGCAGAAGGUGCCAUUCUCCACCCAAGAGUGUAAAGUUGUUUAACACAUGUUUGUUGUUAGUAUAACAAUUUCCAUAGUCUAAUUUUAUGAAGUUGUAACGAAACAGGGGAGGCUCCUUUUCCAGCA